ACCCCGAACAUUUCCUAGAGUUUUAUAGUUUAUAAUAGUGAAAUGUGGUCGAAGCGACUAAAGAGAUGGACACGAAAACCUUACAGACUAAAUCCAGGGAAACAAAGUGGAAGCAUUCCCGCCCCCCGUUUACUGAACACACAACUGAUCUCCAAUCGGUUACUCCGUAGCUUUACACCAUAGAUGUACAUAAGGCAACUAACAGAAACCGAUAACAGAUCAGAUUAUCGGUACUACCGUAGAUAUGGCUAGUGGUGUAACAGCUGAAUAUUACCCGACGGAAACAACACGGAACCUUCACGCGCGGACCAUUAAUGCUCUACGGACAAAAAAUAGUGUUACAUUAAACGUUGAAAAAUGCCCUCUUUCUUCUUCACUCGCCUCAGAAAUCUCGAAGUUGAUUCAAUAAAAUGCUCGGAAUGGUCCUGAACAGGUAACUAGUCGCAAUUUCCACACAUUAUUCGCACUAUCGUCGCGAGGGUUGUGGGUUACAGUGAUCAUGGGAGUGCACGGACUGUGGAGGCUGCUGGAGAGCACGGGGAAACCCAUCAACCCCGAGACUCUGGAAGGAAAGAUCCUGGCCGUCGAUAUCAGCAUAUGGCUGAACCAGGCCGUGAAGGGGGUGAGGGACCGUGAUGGCAACAGCGUCCAAAACGCCCACCUCCUCACUCUCUUCCACCGCAUCUGCAAGCUGCUCUUCUUCCGCAUCAGGCCGAUCUUUGUGUUUGACGGGGACGCGCCGCUGCUGAAGAGACAGACUCUGGCUGUGAGGAGGCAGAGGAAAGAGGAGUUGAACCGGGAGUCCAAAGAGACUAAUGAGAAACUCCUGAAGACAUUCCUGAAGAGACAGGCUAUCAAAGCUGCACUUGGAGACCACAGUAAGGAGCCUCUACCCAGCCUCUCCACUGUGAGGAGAGAUGAGGUCGACGACAUGUAUGUUCUACCAGCCCUGCCAGCUUCAGAGGAGGUUGAAAAAAGCAGUUCAGAGGAGGAGGAGGAGUUGGAGGAGGCGGAUGACGGCUAUCAGAUGUAUCAGGGAGACUUGCACGGAGACCCCAACUCAGUGGACAUCAACUCCGAGGAGUUCACCGCCCUCCCUCCUGAAAUGAAACAUGAGAUACUCAAAGACAUGAAAGAGUUUGCCAAAAGACGCCGUACCAUGUACCACAAACCCCCAGAGCGUUCAGGAGAGUUUUCAAACUACCAGUUGGCCGGCCUGCUGCAGAGGAACCAUCUGAAUCAGCGUCUGCGAGGUGUGGAGAAAGAGAUGAGCCAGCAGAGCGCCGGCAGCGCUCCGCAGCUCGGCCAACGCAACGGCGAUGAGCAGGGUCAAAGCGUCGAGUCCCAGCGGCUGGUUUCAGAGGACUGCUCCCACUACAUCCUUAUUAAAGGCUCCAAAAAGAAAGAGGCGGCGCCUGAGAGCCGACUGGCACCCGCGGCUUGGUCUGGCAGCUGCAUGGCAGGCGGCUCCAGACGAGCACCGGACCGGCCCGAGCCCCUGUGGCGCCCCCCUUGUGAGACAAAGGCAGAAGUGGCGGGUCCAUCGUCAGAGGAACCGAAAGCCUCCGUGUCACAAGCGACCCGGCGAGACGCAUCGCCGCCCUCGCCUCGCACACUUGAGGCGAUCCGGGCUGCGAUGAACGACAGCUCGGAGGAGGAGACGGCGGACCGGGCCGAGGAGGAUGGUAGCGUGUCCCCACGUACCCGGCUGGCAAUCCAGCGAGCUCUAGCCGAGGAGGAAGACGCGCAACGCGGGACUCUGAUCUUCAGCUCCUCUGCUAAAGUGCCGGCCGAGAGUCCCCACGCGGUGCUGCAAGUUGUAGUCAGCAGCUCCGAGGAAGAGGGGGAACCCGAUGGUGGGAAAUCCCUGCCUCGUGGAAACUCUGACUUCACGGGGAGCCUCGCGGUCCAAAGUUUACACGUGGAAGAGGGUUUGUUCGCCGGCAGCUCCGAGGAUGAGACGGAGGCCGCGAUCGUGCCGAGAAAUGACGCGGCGACGCAGAAGCCUGGCGACGGAGAAAUGAGGUCCGAUAAGAAAAAACAGUCGACAGAGGAUGUAAGCCUGGAAAGGUGGGGGCGUACGGAGGAGCCGCUGGUCACAAAGGCAAACUGUGCUGCUGCUUUCAGUCAGAACACGUUGUCCACCAGGCUCUCUGCUCAGCCACGUGGGAGCCCUCUCGGUGCGGAGCCCCCUGUGCCGCUGACGCAGAGCAGCGUCGAGGUGGUUGAGGCCACGGAGGAGAGGAAAGGAGCCGAUGGGAAGCCGGAGGGCGAUGAGGAGAGCGAGUCAGAAGAGAGCUUCAUCGAGGUGUCAGACGAAGAAUUUAAAGAGGAGGGUGCAGAGGGUUCAUUUGUAAUGGCUGGAAAGAAAGGAUCUCCAGGUGAGGUCCUCAAAGAUGAGACCAAGCCAGAAGAUAAACCAGAGGCAGGUUUGGAAAAGGCUCCCGGUAGUCCAGCUGCUGAUUCUUCGGAGGAGGAGGAGAAGGAGAAUAAGGAAGAAGAAGAAGAAGACACAGAGAGACAGACCGAGUUAAAGGAAGGAUCACAGCCAGAAUCCACCUCAACUCACGCAAUGAAUGAAUGGGAAGACAUUGACGUGGAGGAGCUGGAGGCUCUGGAGAGCUCUCUGCAGGUGGAGCAGAGCAACCUGAGGGAGCUGAAACAGCAGCAGGAGAGGAUGGCGAACACGGUCACCGGGCAGAUGCACCUGGAGAGCCAGGAGCUGCUGCGGCUGUUUGGUGUGCCGUUCGUGGUGGCGCCCAUGGAGGCCGAGGCUCAGUGUGCCGCACUGGACCGCGCUGACCACACCAACGGGACCAUCACGGACGACUCGGACGUGUGGCUGUUUGGAGGGAGACACGUCUACAGGAACUUCUUCAGCCAGGACAAAUAUGUGGAGCACUACCAGUACAGUGACCUGCAGAGCCAACUGGGUCUGGACAGGACCAAACUGAUAAACCUGGCGUACCUGCUGGGAAGUGACUACACAGAGGGCGUUCCGGGGGUCGGAUAUGUGACUGGCAUGGAGAUACUGAAUGAGUUCCCAGGGUCAGGCCUGGAGCCACUCACACAGUUCAGUGAAUGGUGGGCCGAGGUCCAGGAGAAGAAGCGCCUGGUGGCUGAUCCUCGGGACACGAAGGUCAAGAAAAAGUUGAGAGACCUGAAACUGUAUCCUGGUUUCCCCAACCCUGCGGUGGCUCAGGCCUACCUGCAACCUGCCGUGGACCAGUCGGAUAACUUCUUCAGCUGGGGACGCCCGCAGCCCAACAUGAUCAAAGAAUUCUGUCUCAAUCGUUUCGGCUGGAGCAGCCGGAGGACGGAGGAGACUCUUAUGCCUGUGAUCAAGCAGCUCAGCAGCCAGCAGACUCAGCUGCGGAUCGACUCAUUCUUCCGCAUGGAGCAACGGGAAAAGCAGGCGAUUUGCAGCGAGCGACUGCGCAGGGCCGUCACCUGCCUAAAGAGAAAGGAGAGAAAAGACGGAGAGGAGGAUGGAGAGGGGGGCAGCGGCGAGGAAAGCCCGCGCCCAUCCACCACCAAGAGAGGCAAGGGUCCAAGGAAAGGAGAGGAGCAGGGGUCUGUGGCAGGAGGAGGGUUCCUGGGAUCGCAGGCGAUGGUUGAAUCACCUCCUCCAUCGGCGAAGGAGGCGAGCAGCACCAGCGGGGAGUAUCGCUCGGCCAAGGCCGUCCCCCGGUCUGCUAGGGCCGCGCCUCGGCCUGCCGGGGGCAGAGGCAGCAGCUCCAGUGAAGACAGCGACGGUGGGGGGGACGUUGCUAUGGUUACAGCCCGAUCCGUCUUUGAAGGCAGCCGACGGGGCCGUGGAGCAAAAAAAAGCUCAAGAGGCGGAGGAAGCAAGAGAGGAAAGGCUCGGGGGAAGAAGUUGUGACUGGAUUGCAGACAUCAAUCCUCCAAGCAGUUGUGUUGUGAAAAUUGUCUAUGAGAUCAUGUUGGACCAUUACAGGGGAAAUGGGUGAAUGACCUAAUUAAUUGAGCCUUUUUGUAUUAAAGAAUGUUUUUUUUACUGUUGACCUGACUGAACAUAUGUAUUUUUCUUUAAAUAUUUUGAGGUUUAUGAUUGUGAAAGGGAUGAGAAUGUUUUGUAUUGAUGUCUCAUGAGCAGUAAAUGGGUCUCAAACAGUGACCGACCUCCUCCUGCCUCUGCAACGGGCUUCUGAAU